AUGUAUCUUCUCCCGCUAGUUGUGAUUUUGGCGCUGACAAAACUUCCAGUGAAAAUUGGAGCUUUUGAGAAUAAUGUGGAUCUUCGAACGAUGGAAAUGAUCAAAAAUCAUCCGUCGCAUUUAUUGACAGUUUUGAUUGGAGAAUGUAAGAAGAAUCCGAAUAGUUGUCCGAUGGUGAGUCUAGUUCGAAAAUCUCAUGGGUACCACGCGCUCCACCGAAAUAAACACGCAACGCAGACCGCGCCGCGCCACAACACACAAAAAAGGAGGGAAUUUGAAUGGUUUCCUUUUUUGUGUGUGUUGUGGCGCGGCGCGGUCUGCGUUGCGUGUUUAUUUCGGUGGAGCGCGUGGUACCGAUGAGAAAUUCGAAAUUACUCACAGAAAGUCUGGAUUUUUCAGAGCAUCGAAUCAAUGGCUCAUUAUAUUUUGAAUACCAUCGAAGUUCUAAUAAAUUUCGAUAUGGAAAGUGAUGAAGAAUCAAUUCGUGAAAUCGAAAAAUUCGCAGACACACUUUCAAAAUGCAAAGAUGCUGAAUGUUUGAUGAAUUUCGAAAUCGAGCAAGGAAUUAAAAUUGAGAAAAUUAUGCGAGAAGUCUCGAAGAUUCUUGCAGAUUUUCCAGAAGAAGAAAGAUCAGCGUGGCAACAUUCGAUUCUCAAACCACCACAUUUUUAUAAUCGAGAUUUGUGA